AUGAGUACGCCUCCUACUCCGACUCAUGUGGCUCCGGACGUUGAAGCCGAGUUGCCGCCCACACCAUUUGUGUCUGCUGACAUGGACCUAAAUCCGGAUCUAGACGAGGAUGACUCGAGCAUAAACACAAAAACAGAGAAUGGCAGUACUGCGCCGGAAUACGAUUCCAAUGGAAAUAAUGGAAACUAUGCAGCUAAUGGAAAUGAUGUAAAUACCGAAGUGGUUGAGCCUUGGACGCUUCUGUUUGACGAGGCGUAUGAGCUCCAGAAGAAGCAAUUCGAGCAAUCCUCCCAGAGCAAACUCUCGCGGUCUCAACAGAGCCGCUUUGUCAGUUUCGUUGAUGAAGAGCUUCUUCAAAUCCAGCGGCGCUUUGUCAAGAAACAAGCGGGCGAACAAGAGUAUACACUUGAGCAGAUUUUGAACGAUGUGCAGCACGUUUUGGAUCUUGUGUGGGUGCUGGUGAACGCAAAAAACCGUUUAUAUGGACAGGAAGAGUACUUUGUCAAGAUCUGUGGAGAUUUGGAAGAUUGGCUUGUGCACUUUAGUCUCUCCAGCCCGACUUUAGAGGAACAUGUUUUCUUGCGCUUCUUUACGUUUUUCCAGUCCUUGGACGUGCGCUUGUCUUUCCUUAUAGACGGUUUUGAAGUGCAAGGAACUCCUCUGAAAAUGAGUCCAACGCAGCUUGUGAGGCUUAUGCCUAUAGUAUCUCGGUUGCGCUUGCAGAUUGUGAACAUGCUCGAACCGACGAGGGCGCAGAUGGAAAAGUCGGGUCUGAAGCUUCUAAACAAGUUGGACGUUGCCAUCGGACGUCUUUUUGAGGGUGUUCUAGAUAGGGUAUAA